AUGGCAGAAAACUCGAAACACAAGAAGGCGACUCGGAUAUCCAAACUCGAAGAAGCCACGAUAAUCCAAGCUGGUAAUGAUUUGAUCGCUAGCGAUUCUGAGCAAUCUGAGAGUGAAGAUGAGCAGAUCACAGCUGUCAAUGAGAUGGACCAAGUCCGAAGAGCACAAAAUCUACAAUUCCAGGCAUUACUAGCCACCAGAGCCAAAGAAGACUCCGUUACUCAGGCUAAACAUGUCGAGUCAACGUGGGAAAGGCUAGAUGAGGAGCUCACCAUUGCGAGUCUCGUUUCGAAGAAAGACUCCGGCGAAGAUACCCUGGAUCCCCGCUCUUACCAGAUUGAGCUUUUUGAACGAGCGAAGAAUCGAAACAUCAUUGCUGUUCUUGAUACAGGUUCGGGGAAAACACUUAUUGCUGUCCUGCUGCUCAAGCAUACCCUGCAACAGGAGUUGAUCGACCGCGCACACGGAAAGCAGCACAAAAUAGCUAUAUUCCUUGUCGAUAGCGUGACUCUGGUGUUCCAACAGGCUGCUGUACUACGCAACAAUCUUGAUCAGGAAGUCGGACACUUCUUUGGUGCUAUGGGUCCAGAUCUCUGGGAUGCGGAGACAUGGCAGAAACAUUUUGCAAAGAACAUGGUGAUCGUGUGUACGGCAGAUAUUGUCCACCAGGCUCUCCUCAAUGCGUUUGUCAAGAUGGACCAGAUCAAUCUCUUAAUAUUUGAUGAGGCUCAUCACACGAAGAAAGAGCAUCCCUACGCACGUAUCAUUCGUGAUUCGUACUUCAAGACAGAACCUCUCAGCCGCCCAAAGAUCUUUGGAAUGACCGCAUCACCCAUCGAUGCUAAAGUCAAUAUUGCAGAGGCAGCAAGUCACCUCGAACUGCUUUUGGAUAGUCAGAUUGCAACAACUUCGAAAAUUUCCGCUCUGCGGGAGGUUGUGAGAAGGCCAAGAGAGGAGGUAUGGACCUACACCAAACUGAAGGAACCAUUUGAAACACAGCUUUUCCAGAGAAUGAGGGAGCCAUUUGGAGCCAUUAAAAUCCUCUCCCCGGUUUUCGGAUUUGCCUUAAAUGCCAGUUCUGAGUUAGGGCGCUGGUGUGCAGACCAGACAUGGGCCAUAGCUCUAGCAGACGAUGUGAUGCCAAAGCUGUACGGUUUCAUGACCAAGGGCCCUGAUGGGGACUCAAAUCUCGCCGUUAAAAUUGAAAAAGAUCUCGAACAGGUGAAAAAUGCCUGUGAAGCAGUGAAAGAUCAUCACUUCGGGGACCCUAUGGAACCUGAGCAACUUAGUUCGAAAGUGCAGGCUCUUUUGCAAAUUCUCAAGCACCAUUUUGGUCGAUCAAAAGACUGCAAAUGCAUUGUCUUUACCGAGCGACGGAAUACGGCCAAGAUAUUGCUACUGCUAUGUGAGAAAUUGGGUAUUCCCAACCUCCGCCCUGGUGUACUGGUCGGAGUUCGGAAUUCAGAUCUCACGGGAACUACGACAUUCCGACAGCAGUUUCUUGCUCUUGUGAAGUUUCGCAAGGGUGAGGUCAACUGUCUGUUUGCGACUUCAGUUGCUGAAGAGGGACUGGAUAUCCCAGAUUGUAAUGUUGUGAUAAGAUUCAAUCUCUAUGAGACGCUCAUUCAAUAUAUCCAAAGCAGAGGACGCGCAAGACAUAUUAAUUCGACGUACAUUCAUCUGCUUGAGGAGGGAAACAGUGCACAGACGAAGCGCAUACAAGACGUUCAACAAUCUGAGUUCCUGACGUUGUAUAAAAAGAACAUGAUGCAGGCAUUUUGCAGAGCACUACCCGGAGAUCGGCUUCUCCACGAUGAUGAAAAAGAAUUGGAAAGGCUCUUAGGAAAGGACGGAGGAAAGCGAGUUUAUGUUAUUCCGUCGACUGGAGCUAAGUUGACUUACAAGCAUGCUACCCACGUCCUUGCACGUUACGCAGAGUCCUUGCAAUACGAAAAAGAUUCGUCAGCACAGGUUUCAUACUUUACCCGUCCAGUGGCAGGCAUGUUUGUCUGUGAAGUGAUUCUACCAGAAAAAUCACCAAUUCGAGGACUGGUAGGGUUACCAGAGACAAGCAAACUCCUUGCCAAACAGACUGUUGCCUUCGAUGCGUGCUUAUUGCUACGAAAGCAAAAGCUCCUGGAUGAUAACUUCAGAUCCAUUUACCACAAACGUCUUCCAGCAAUGCGAAACGCGAAAUUGGCGAUUGUGUCAAAAAAGACGAACCAGUACACCAUGAUCUGCAAGCCCUCGAUAUGGAAUGAAAAUCAGGGUAAUGUCCCUGAAAAGCUUUACGGGAUGGUAUUCAAGUUCAUUCCAUUGGAGAAGCUUGAUCGAGAACGUCGCAGCAUUGCACUUUUGACUCGUGUAAAGCUUCCCACUAUCCCCAAGUUCCCUCUUUACUUAGAGAACGACAAAGAAAUCAUCAUUGAGUCGAUUGUGUUUGACUCCACAGUCGCAGUCCAUGCCACCGAUUUGACUCAUUUAUCCCAGUUCAAUGUUGCUGCUUUCCGUGAUGUAUUCCACAAAACCUUCGAUGCAACUGCUGAACAGUUUCCAUAUUGGCUUGCUCCAAUCAGGUCAGAAGCCCAACUUGACAGUUCCUCCGUCCUUCUCAGGGAUGUUAUUGACUGGGAGACUUUGCGUGAGAUCAACGACAACGAUGAAUUAAAAUGGUCCAAGGACAUGGAUCCUGGUUUCCUUUUGGAUCGCUUCCUGUAUGAUGGUUGGGAUGGCAAGAAGCGAUACUUUCCACUGAGUGUCGACACUUCACUUCGACCUUCAGAUCCUCCACCACCAGAUAUGCCUCAUCGGAAGUGGACGAAAGAUAUCCUCAACUAUUCCCUGAGCCUUUCCAAGAACUCUCGGGUGAAGUUCCUUGAAAAUGCAGACUGGGAGCAGCCCGUUCUCCAAGCAGAAUGCGUUUGUCUCAGAAGAAACUUUCUGGACAGAGCCACGGAAGCAGAAAGAACAGAAACAACUCGCUGCGUUAUUUGUCCACAGCCACUAACAAUAUCAGCGAUCCCGGUGCCGACAGUAACAUCAAUUUUGGCAUUCCCUGCAAUCAUGAACCGGCUGCAGUCUUAUUUGAUUGUGCUCGAAGGUUGCGAGCAUCUGGGACUGAAGAUACGGACAGACUAUGCCUUAGAAGCUUUCACCAAAGAUUCGGAUAAUACAGAAGAGCAUCGUUCUCUCCAAGUCCACGUACAACGUGGAAUGGGGAAGAACUACGAGCGUCUUGAGUUCCUGGGGGACUGUUUUCUCAAGAUGGCGACCUCCAUCACUCUUUUCUGUCAAUAUCCAGAUGACGAUGAGUAUGAUUACCACGUCAAUCGGAUGUGCCUCAUUUGCAACAAGAAUCUGUUCAACAGCGCCAUCAAGCUCAAUCUCUUCAAUUACAUUCGAAGCCGCGGGUUCUCUCGACACAAUUGGUACCCGCCAGGACUUGAACUUCUUCAUGGUCGGAACUUCGCCAAAAACCUUGCUGCUGAAAGCACGCAUAGCUUGGGUGAAAAGACCAUCGCCGACGUAUGUGAAGCACUGAUUGCAGCUUGUUUACUAAGCGGAGGGAAAGAAAAUCGAUUCGAUACGGCAGUUCAGUCAGUCACCAUUUUUGUCGACAGUGAAAAUCACAAAGCCACAUGCUGGAAGGACUACAUCAACUCUUAUGUGAAGCCAUCCUAUCAAGUUAAAUGCAGUGAUGGGUUUGAGGCCGACCUCGCAAACAAGAUUUUCGCUAAGCUCAACUAUCGCUUCAAGUACCCUGCACUACUGCGAUCUGCAUUCACCCAUCCCUCCUACCCUUCAGCAUGGGCAAAAGUUCCAUGCUAUCAGCGACUUGAGUUCCUUGGCGAUUCUCUGUUAGAUAUGGUUUGCGUCGAGUAUCUAUUCGAGCGCUUCCCGGAUAAAGACCCACAGUGGUUAACUGAACACAAGAUGGCGAUGGUAUCAAACAAGUUUCUUGGUGCUCUUGCAGUGAAAUUGGGAUUUCACCGGCAUCUUCAACACUUCAGUAAUCCGAUUCAAACAAGCGUUACUCAGUAUGCCGAAGACUUACAGCUGGCUGAGGAGGAGGGCAAUGGGGCAAUGGAUUACUGGCUCGCAACCAAAGACUCACCAAAGUGCCUACCUGACAUGGUUGAAGCAUUCCUUGCCGCCAUUUUUGUGGAUUCUGGCUUUAACUACACGGUCAUCGAAUAUUUCUUCAAGAAGCAUAUCAAGCCGUACUUCGUCGACAUAUCCUUAUACGACUCCUUUGCCAACAAGCACCCAACAACUUAUCUCUACAACCAACUCACAGGAAUUUACUCUUGCACAAACUAUUGCCUGAAGUCAGGGGAGAUCCCGGCCGUGGGAAAUGAACAGCCAACUAUUCUUGCAGCUGUGAUGAUCCAUGGUAUUUCGGUUGCAGAAGCUACGGGGAUAUCCAGUCGCUACGCGAAAGUGAGAGCAAGCGAGAUGGCUUUGAAAGAAAUCAGUGGAAUGUUGCGUGAUGAGUUCCGCGUUAAAUUUGGGUGCGAUUGCGAAGAUUCGGACCAGGUCAAGGGAGUGGCCGUCGAUCAGGGGACUGCGGUAUGA